ACGCACCAGAACACAAACAAGUCCGCGGAGCGUGCUGAUUGGAGCGAGGAGGAAGGUACCAGGAGGACUCGGGACACACAAAGAUAACGGAUCUCCCAGUGAUGAAACGUUAGGAGUCCUCACUAAGAAUAAUUUAAACGCGUAAUUUUUAUUUAUUUUUUUCUGCGGCAGCAAAUGAGGACAUCUGGUUAGGCUCAGACAGAAGACGUAUAACGAAAUGGCACAAGUACACCUGAGAUACCUGCUGGCUUUGGCCUUGGUGCACGUGGUUUUGUCCUCUGGUGUGUUUGAACUGAAGAUUCACUCCUUCCACACGGCGCAGCGCAUCUGCAGAAGACACAGAGACUGUCACAUCUUCUUCAGGAUCUGCCUGAAGCACCCGGAGGAUGUCAUCUCAGCGGAGCCGCCGUGCACCUUCGGUACCGGACACACCAACGUGAUCAGAGCGGAUCACACAUCCAUCUCCAGCAGCGCUCCCAUCAGGGUGCCAUUCCAUUUUAAAUGGCCGGGAACCUUCUCGCUGAUCAUUGAGGCCUGGAACGCGGAAUCCCCCACAGAGUACACAGCAGACAAUCAGAACAACCUCGUGAGCCGUCUGGCGACCAGGAGGAGACUCGCCAUCGGUGAGGACUGGUCCCAGGACGUGCACUUCGGCGAGCAGAGCGAGCUGCGUUACUCCUAUCACGUCUUCUGUGACGAGUUUUACUUCGGAGACGGCUGCGCGGACUACUGCCGGCCGCGGGACGACACGCUGGGCCAUUACACCUGCGACGAGGAGGGGAACCGCAUCUGCCUGGAGGGCUGGAAAGGAAACUACUGCUCUGAGCCCAUCUGCUCUGCAGACUGCAGUGAGAAGCAUGGCUACUGCGAGGCCCCUGGGGGCUGUACAUGUCGCAUGGGCUGGCAGAGCCCCUCCUGUAAUGAAUGCGUCCGCUACCCAGGCUGCCUCCAUGGGACGUGCAGCCAGCCAUGGCAGUGUAACUGUCAGGAGGGCUGGGGCGGGCUCUUCUGUGAUCAGGACCUGAACUACUGCACCAACCACAGGCCCUGUGCCAAUGGUGCAACCUGCACCAACACGGGCCAGGGGAGCUACACCUGCACAUGCCGGCCCGGCUUUGGAGGCACCAACUGUGAGCUGGAAACCAACGAGUGCGACAGCAACCCCUGCAAGAAUGGAGGCAGCUGUAAUGACCUGGAGAACGACUACUCCUGCACCUGCCCACAGGGCUUUUAUGGUAAGAACUGUGAGAUUAUUGCCAUGACCUGCGCAGACGGUCCCUGCUUCAACGGUGGCACUUGCGUGGAAGCACUGACCGGAGGAUACACCUGUCGCUGCCCUCCCAGUUACACCGGAUCCAACUGUGAGAAGAAGCUGGAUCGCUGUAGCAACAGGCCUUGCCUGAAUGGAGGUGACUGUCUGGACCUCGGCCAGAGUAUUUUGUGCCGCUGUCAGGCGGGUUUCACUGGUGCCAACUGCCAGGUUAACAUCGACGACUGUGCCUCCAGUCCUUGCCAGAACGCUGGAACCUGCCAAGACGGUGUGAAUGACUACACCUGCUCCUGCACCUUGGGAUAUACUGGCAAAAACUGCAGCGUGCGCUCAGACGCCUGCGGCGCCCGCCCGUGUCAGAAUGGUGGUACCUGCUUCACCCACUUCACUGGGCCCGUAUGCCAGUGCCCCAAGGGCUUCAUGGGUCCAAGCUGUGAGUUCACUCUCCAGCCCAGUUUCAAGCCUGCUUUGCGUCAAGCCCCCCAGUCCUCUUCCACCACCCUCACUGUUUCCUGCCUUCUGGCUGUCCUGGUGCUGGUUCUGGUUGCAGGUAUUUUAUUCCUGAGGAGGAGAAGGAGAAGGAUGGAGGGCAGGAAGCAGCUGAGUGAUAUUGCUGUUUAUAAUGAUUUGGAGACGGUCAACAACAUGGGGGGCAGUGAAAGAGAGGCGUUCCUGGGUCCAAACGGCCUGUUUAAGAUCAGCAACAGCACAGCUCGGCUCAGCCUGUCCCUAUGCCCAGAUGGCAGGUCCGGGUACCGGCACAACCCGGUGGAGAGCAGCCUGGCCAGAGUGGAGCGUCAGGACUUCAUGUGGAGGGACGAGGCCAUGCUAGGUUCUGGAGCUGGACUCAGAUGAACCCAGGAGAAAAGAUCAAGGAUCAAACAGGGGAAGAAACAUUUCAGCACUUGUUGCUUUUCACUCUUCAUGCAGAGUGAAGCGAAGAACAAAUGGGCACGUCGAUACUAACGCAGAAAGCUCAAUACAUGAACUAUUUUCAUAAAGAUGAUUUUUAAAGUAUAUGGGACUGUGCUGUUUAAGACCCAAAGAAACAGAAAACAUGACCAGCUGUUCAUCGGACCUACAACACAAACCAAACAGGAAGAUGCAACACACUCAGAAGACGUGUCUUCGCCAUCUUCGCCUCGUUGCUUUUGUUAAAACGCAGGACUUUUAUUUUUGCUUUUCAAUCUUCCUUCAAUCAUUUUUUCCUUAUUGUGCGCACCAUCAUGUUUUAUUCUUUAUAUUAUUUAUUUAUGUGAUUUUACUUUGAUUGUCACAGAUGUACAGAUAUAUUUAUACGAUGCUGAAUGGAGCGGCUCUUGUUCAGCACAGUCGACUGUUGUGUUACAGGUCAGAGUUCUGUUGUGUGUGUGCCAUUUUGUGUUAAUGCCAAAGUUUCUGUUAUGUUUCAUGUUUUCAUUCAUCUUAUUUAAGUUCAUCAUGCUGUGUGGAAUAAAAGAUUUGUUUAAAAGCUG